AAUACCCGAAAAUUCUUGUCUACACUCGAGCAUUUAAAAAUCUAUUCAAUAAUGUCGCACUAUGCAUUUGCUGUGAUCUGCAUUACAUUGGCGGUUGUGUGCAGUAGCUAUGCACAGUGUCCGGAUAACCCGUGCGGUAUUCAAGCGUCCUGUCGUUUGAACACCGCAGGCGUUCCUGUUUGUUCGUGCCCGUUCGGUUACUUGGGCGAUCCCUUUAAGGAAUGCAUCAAGCCACAAUGUUUGAACGAUGGUGAUUGCAUCGAAAUUCAGGGAUGCAGAAAGGGAGAGUGCGUUGAUCCUUGCGUUAAAAGCUGCGGCAAGAACGCGGCCUGUAAGACUGACCAUCACGUGCCAGUCUGCUACUGCCCAGAAGGAUUCACCGGAAGUCCAUUCGUACAAUGCGAUCCGCUGUGAAAUGUGCUACCGAGUGCGUCAUAAUAACCGUUGUAAAUUAAAUGCACGACAUAGGCGCCCGCAGUGUAUCAUGUUGUUUAGUUUAAUUUUUUGAUACAAUUUUUAAACAAGCUUUGAUCAAUAGUGUUUGGUUCA